GUUGGCGCGAACGAUGACGGUGCACUUGCCCAUUUCUUGCUCAUGCCAAUGGCCGUGCACGCUGCGUCUUUUUCUCCCCGUGCCUCGCCGAGUCACUGCACCAGCAGCCUCGGCGUGCCUUCUGUAGCACGUAUAAAGUUGGCUCAGGCCGCUCGCACGCGGUUCAGCCGCAUUCCAGUACCGACGGACACCCCGACACCUUCCUGCUGUAUUCGACAAGUCCCUUGAACGUCAUUUCUCGCCCUGAUGUCGCCUUGCGAGAAGUCCCAUCCGGGACCGAAGCCUCUGCUUCUUCCCCGAGAGCAGUGGAAGACGUGGCCAGACCGCAUUCGACACUUCACGCCAGCAUGGUUCGCAGUAGUCAUGGGCACUGGAGCCGUGUCAGCAUUGUUGAACGACUUUCCCUACGGACAAGAGAACAACAACCUCAGGAUUGCCGGCUGUGUCUGGUUCAUCCUCAACAUUGCCAUUUUUGUCUUCGCAUGCGUGUGUUCUCUGUUAAGAUAUGUUAUGUAUCCAGAGAUAUUUUGGCUCAUGCUUAGCCACACGUCGCAAAGUCUUUACAUUGGAUGCUUCCCCAUGGGCGCCGCGACAUUGAUUAACUCUGCUCUAGCGCUGAAUCAAAACUGGGGUUUCGGAGGCAAAGGAUUCCUGUACUUCCUAUGGGGUUGCUGGUGGCUCGACUCCGCCUUCUCCUACCUCGUCGCAUUCGGCAUGCUCUACACGAUGACCGUUCGGCAUGAGCAUUCCCUCUCGAAUAUGGCAGCUGUAUGGCUUCUGCCAGUAGUCCCCCUGGUCGUCGCGUCAUCCACCGGUGGUCUGCUAUCGGAAGCACUCAGGCCUCACGCGCAUACACUCGCGUUGAUCUCGACAGCCUUCUCCUUCGUCAUGGUCGCGAUGGGCCUCGCCUUCGCGCUCAUGAUGAUCACGAUCUACCUUCUCCGCCUCCUCGUGCACAGCGUGCCCGACCCCGGCCUUAUCCUCUCCGCCUUCAUCGUCCUCGGCCCGCUCGGACAAGGCGGCUUCUCCCUGCUCAUCAACGGCACGUCCAUCUCGGAGCUCCUCCCGCUGCACGUCGGUGCGGACUUCCCGCAGUCCGCGCUCACCGGCCAGAUGAUCUUCGCGGUGUGCUUCUGUGGCGCGUACGCGCUGUGGGCGAUCGGCAUUGCGUGGGUCGUCGUCGCGGUCUGCUCAAUCUACCACGUCGUCGCCGUGCGCCGAACGAAGAUCUCAUUCAACAUGGGUUACUGGGGCAUGAUCUUCCCGAACGGCGUCUUCGCGCUCUUGAUUGUCGAGCUGUCGAGGGUGCUGCAGAGCCCGUUCUUCAAGGUUCUUGGCUCUCUCUGGUCAGCCCUGACGUUCCUUCUAUGGGGCUACAUUUUCGUGCGGAGCAUCCCGCCCUUCAUUGACGGCUCGCUGUUCAUGGCGCCCUGUCUCCCGGAUGGACGGACGCGCCAACAGCUGCUUCCCACAUCGCAAACGCACUCGCACAGCUCCCAAGUGCAUGCCUCGCCGGACAUAGUCCCACACCACUCCCCUCUGCGUGGCGAGAAGUUGUGCGUCUCCGAUCCCUCUGCCAAGUCCUCCGCUCGUGAAUAUCCGUGAUUGUUAUUUCAGAGACGUGCAUGGCGUCCUGCGCGAUCGCCGUGAGGGAUAGACGGUCGAGCGACAGUGGGCCAACGGUACGACUUGACUUUGACGUUUCUAGUCAUUCGUUACUUCUUUCGAGGAUGCGGCACCACUUUGCACAGUAUUACGGAUACUUAUACGUGUGAGUAGUUACAGUAUGUUCAAUCAGCCUGGUCCUCAAAUACAAACAUU